UGUAAGGGCACUAUUGAGGUGAUUAUUUGUUGAUAGUUACUGGAACAGCCGGCAAAAAUGGUGCAAAAAUAUUGCACGCUUUUCAAUGCUGUUUCUACGCAUUCUGUAAACAGCACAUCUGGUACAAAAAUCCCAUGGUGUGACACACACGCACAGUUUUAUUUAUAUUGUACAAUAUUAUAAUUAUUAUAACCUGUGGUGUAUGUCUAUAUCUAAAUAAUAUAUGGGUCUGUCUCAGAAACUGGGUACUGUGGGGGUACCCCACUAAAUAUACUCAGUCAAUAAACUAUACGGUUUUGAAUGGUGAGGUUGGUUUUAAUUUGAAAUAAAAUGAUGAAAGAAAUAAUACAGAUAAAACUAAAUCUUUGAUAUGAAUAUUCAGAAUUUGGCAAAAAUUCUGCAAAUUUGUGGAAAAAUGGCGACUUGAUCUGGGACAUGAUAAAUGGUUGACUACAUCGCAUUCCCUUAAAAAGUUUGUAGUCCACUGAAAAGUCUACAGUUAUCACUAAUUGUAUUUUAAGUUGUAACUUGAAACAUCUAAGGAUUGGUGUGCUCACAGAAUAAUCAUAACAGUAAUAAAACAUCAUGCAAAAUAUUUGAUCACCGUUGUAACUCCAUUUUCCGCAUACCCAAAACCAAUACGAUCGUAUGUUUUGAUCUAAACGGAAAGCCUCAGGGUCAAGGGUUACCUCACCAAAAGUGGUAACUUAAAAUCACUACGCCAUAUAAAAAUGUAGUUAUAAAUUUGCGAUUUUGUUUUUUAAAAUGAAAGCUGAAAGUUAGGUAUAGAAUGUUUCUUAUAGAAUAUGUUACGAUGGUAGCUGGUCUUGUGUGAAUUUCUGAGCUAUAAAAUGAGUUGUGGUCUAUUUUUUACCAUAACGUGUUAUUUGUGUGCGGGGAAGGACACACAUUAACAAUUUGCAUGUGUAGAAUGGAAUUUUCCACUCCAACAGUUAGAAGUUGAUCGUGCUUCCAUUUGCAGUCUUUCUGUUACGCGGGUGAUCUGUUCGGACGUUAUCACUGAAAAGGUGAGUUUUUACAGUUUUAUUUUGUUUUAGUCUUGCAGUAUAAGGCAAUAGAAUGUUUCUUUUUCAUCUUACUUUCAUAUUUUGUAGUGUUUGCGUAUUUUUGGCCAAUAUUUUGCAACCAUGGUCAAUUUAGAUCGAACUUUUGAUAGAAUCUACGGCCAGUCAUUUUGCCCCGCCUCGCGCUCCGUCCGGUGCGGUAGUGAUGUCCCGUUGCUCGCUCGCCGCAGCAGAGACCCGCGCAACCUUCAGCCGGUACAGUCGCUGUUCUUUUACCACCGCCGUUAUUCUCAUCUUUCCGGUGUGUUCUUGAUUUUUCCAUUGUGUCCUAUUUCGCCAUAUCAAAUACCCAAAAUGUAUCAUAUUAUUCAUAUUUAAGUGAAUAAUCAAUUCACUCAUCAUAACUUGCCAUUUUUAACCCAACCAAUCAAAAAGAGGAAAUUUAUUCAAUAUUUUUACUCAUCUGUGAAGGAGGGGCUUUAAUUCUUCAUGAUGUAGUUAUUUUAUAUGUAAAUCAAUUUUACAAAAGCAUUUGAAUUGUAAUCAAAAUUUUCAACAGUGGAGGCCAGAUAAAGCAAGAUGCUAUCUUUAUUCUUAUUAAACAUGACAAAAGAAACAUUUGAGUGUUAGGUAAAUGCAAAAAAAAAAAAGUAAAAUUAGAAAAUUUAUUUUUUGACCAUAAUGUCCCAAACGAGAGACCAAUUUCUGAGACGGACCCAUAUUAUAUAAACAUACACUCAUCAUGGGCAUGAAUAUCAUGGUAAUUUUGGGCUGUUAAUGAUUUCCUUGAACUGUUCUUUUCCCCGGGGUGGAAUGAUUUGUACAGCAUACAUCUUUAAUGACUUCAAAAAACAAGAAUUGAGUGCACAAGUUUUAAUUUAUUUUGGAUUUUCUCUAAUCCACACAGGGUCAAAAUUAUACAUACAGGCUCAAAUAUAUACAUACACCCCCACUAAUAUUUGGUUAAAUGUCCCUUAGCGAGUUGUACCUCGACCAGAUGCUUUUUUUUUUUUAAGCCAUCAACAAGCUUCUAGCAUAAUUCUGGCUGGAUAUUUGACCACUCUUCUUGACAGAAUUAGUAGAGGUCAUUUAAAUUGGUUGGUUUCCUGGCAUGAACCUGGCUUUUAAGAGUAGUCCUCAAACUUUCAAUCGGGUUGAGGUUGGGGCUUUGGGAAGGCCAUUCCAGAAGCUUAAUGCUAGCUUGCUUUAUCCAUUCCAAAACAAGUUUUGAUGUGUUUGGGAUCAUUGUCCUGUUGGAACACCCAAUUGUGUCCAAGUUUCAACCGUCUAGCUGUUGAUUUGAGGUGAAGUUGAAGAAUUUGGAAGUAAUCCUCCAUUAUUCCAUUUUGUUUGUGCAAUGCACCAGUACUACUGGCAGUAAAACAGCCCCAGAGCAUGAUGCUACCACCACCAUGCUUGACAGCUGGUACAGUAUUUUUAGGUUUGAAAGCCUCACCUUUAUUCCUCCAAACAUACCUCUUGUCAUUGUGGCCAAAUAGCUCAAUCUUUGUCUUGUCUGACCAUAAAACUUUUCUCCAGAAGACAUUUGGCUUGUCCAUGUGGGCAGCUGCAAAUUUCAGUCAAGCUUGAAGGUAUCGAAUUUGGAGCAGGGACUUCUUUCUUGGUCGGCACCCUCUCAGUCCAUGGCGAUGUAAAACUCGAAAAUGGUACAAAGACAACAUAUCAAAUGUUGAAACUGAGAAAUUUCUUUUUUUUUUUUUUUUAAAUAUAUGCUCAUUUUGAAUUUGAUGUAAGCAACACGUUUCAAAAAAGUUGGGACAGGGGCAUGUUUACCACAGUGUUGCAUCACCUCUACUUUUAACAACAUUCUGUAAAUGCUUGGGAACUGAGGAGACCAAAUGCUGCAGUUUUGAAAGAGAAAUGUUGUCCCAUUCUUGCCUGAUAUGCAAUUUCAGUUGCUCAACAGUUCAGGGUCUCCUGUCAUAUUUUGCGCUUCAUAAUGUGCCAAAUGUUUUUAAAUAGGAGACAGGUCUGGACUGCAGGCAGGCCAGUUUAGCACCUGGACUGUUUUACUGCAGAGUCAUGCAGUUUUAAUAUGUGCAGAAAAUGGCUUGGCAUUGUGUUGCUGAAAGAAGGAAGGCCUUCCCUGCAGAAGAUUUUGUCUGGAUGGCAGCAUAUUGCUCUGAACAGUGUAUAUAUCAUUCAGCAUUAAUGAUGCCUUCCCAGAUGUACAAGCUACCCAUGUCAUGUGCACUAAUGCACCCUCAUACUAUGUGGCUUUUGAAUUGUGCACCCUCAUCAGUGCACAAUUCAAAAGCCACAGAUGCUGGCUUUUGAAUUGUGCACUGAUAACAAGCCGGAUGGUCCCUCUCCUCUUUAGCCUGGAGGACGUGGUGUUCAUGAUUUCUAAAAAGAAUUUCUAUUUUUGAUUCGUCAGACCUCGGGACAAUUUUCCACUUCACCUCAGUCCAUUGUAAAAGAACUCGGGCCCAGAGAAGGUGGUGGUGUUUCUGGAUAUUGUUUAUAUCUGGUAUUAACUCGCAUUUGUGGAUGCAGUAAUGAACUGUUUUUUCACAGACGAUGGUUUUCUGAAGUGUUCCUGAGCCCAUACAGUGAUUUUCCCCUCCAGACACAUGUCUGCAUUUAAUGCAGUGUUGCCUGAGGGCCUGAAGAUCACAGGCAUCCGAUGUCAGUUUUCAGCCUUGUAUCUUGCAUACAGAGAUUUCUCCAGACUCUCUGAAUCUUUUAAUGAUAUUAUGUACCAUACAUGAUGUGAUCCCCAAAUUCUUUGCAAUUUUACUGUGGCAGCGGGGGCGUGGUCAAGCGCCGGUCUGUGACAGGAGGGUGGAGCCAGGGAAGGUGAGUGGCAGAAUCACUUCACCUGACUGUAAUUAACCUGUGUUUGUGUGUGUUUUCCCAGUAACCGCUCCCUAUUUAAGGAGGCAGAGAGAGAGGAGAGGGAGCGCAACCCGGGACCAGACGAGAGUGUGUGUGUGUGAAUGGAUGAGAUUACUUAAACUGAAAAGUUGUAAAAAUAAAUCGCCUUGUCUGCCUCCAAACGUUGUCCUGUCGUCCUCUGUGCUCCACCCACACUCGAUACGCGCUACAGUGGUGCUGAAACCCGGAAUUAAGGUGGAGCACCAACACAGCAGCCCCAUGGAAUCCUCCCCGUUCGUGGACUUGGUCCACGCCCUCACCACGGCUCAGCAGAGCCAGCACCAGGCACUUGUCACGCUCCGAAAGGAGCAGGAGCGCCGCUUUGAAGCCCUGGUGCUGGCCCAGCAGGAAGAUCGAGAGGCGUUCCGGCGUCUCCUCGCAUCGGCGGGGUCCACCAGCGCCCCGGCCGCGGGCCCGUCUCCCCUCACCUUGACCAAGAUGGGCCCGCAGGACGACCCCGAGGCUUUCAUCACAUUGUUCGAGCAGGUCGCCGAAGCCUCGGGGUGGCCGAUGGAGCAGCGUGCGGCGCGCCUCCUCCCCCUCCUGACGGGAGAGGCGCAGCUGGCCGCACUACAGCUCCCCGCCGACCGCAGGCUGGCCUACGCCGACCUUCGCCGGGCUGUCCUCCAGCGCGUGGGGCACACGCCGGAGCAGCAGCGCCAGCGCUUCCGCGCGCUGCGGAUGGAGGAAGUCAGCAGCCCGUUCGCGUUCGGCCAGCAGCUCCGGGACACCUGCUGGCGGUGGCUGAGGGCCGAAGAUCGCGACGCCGAGGGAAUCAUCGACCAGGUGGCGCUGGAACAGUUCAUCGCCCGCUUACCAGCUGGAACCGCGGAGUGGGUCCAGUGCCACCGCCCGGCAUCGCUGGAUCAGGCCGUGGGACUGGCGGAGGAUCAUCUGGCGGCUGUUCCGGCGGCAGGACAGCGGACGACAUCAUCUUCUUUCUCCUCUUCUCUCUUUCUUCCUCCCCCCCUCCUCCCGUGUCCCGUCCUCGCCCCAUUCCCCCACCGCGGAGGCGGGGGCCGGCUCCACCCCAGCCGGCCCGCCGCACCCGUGGUGCCCUCCCGUUUCUCCCUUCUGUGUCUGUCUCUCCCCCCCCCCUCAGGUGAGUGAGCCCCAGAACACAGCUGCAGAGGGAAGGCCCGGGCCGGUUUGCUGGCGCUGCGGGGAACCGGGCCACCUGCAGCAACAGUGUGCAGCGAUGGAAGUGGGGGCGGUGGUGCGGAUCCCCGACGCGCCAGAGGCUGCCCUCGAUCGGGCCGGAGCGUAUCGCAUACCGACCGAUGCGUCGGACAGAGGGCUGGGGGCUGUUUUGUCCCAGCAGGUGGAGGGGGAGGACCGCCCAGUCUUAUACAUCAGCCGGAAG